AUGCAGCUGCUGUGGGCAAUCCUCAUAGGAAGUGCCCUCGCAUCCUCCAUCCCGGAUGCCCACCAACUUCGACUUCCUUUCGUUCCUCAUUUGGAUAACCUUGAAAAUGGCGUUAGAUCAAGACUCUCGAUCGAUUUCUCCAUUCAGAAUGGAAGCCUCUACGCCAAUGAGCACCAACUAUAUCCUCCAUCAGUGAUAAUGCAGCUCAAUGCGCCCCUCUACGAAGACCCAGACCAAAUCAAUCCCAGUGAUAACACCGUAGGAUUAUUCUACACACUCGAGACUCAACCACUCCCCACAAAUGAAAUAGGAUCCAUGGCGGAUAUGAUCCGCGUGCGAAUCGAGUUAUUCGAUCUGCAAGGCAACCUGGUGUCACCGGACGCAGUAACCGUCGACCUUCUCGCCUAUCAAAGUGGAAAGUACGGCAUGACCCGCAUCCGUGUCGAACCAGCUCGUGGCAGCAAUCAGAAUAAUAAUACAGACCAGAAGAGCCAGUCGUGGGUGGUCAACUACUGGAGGACACAAUUCGGUUCCGUUUUCGAUAAGCAGAGGACCAAGUCUAGGACCGCGACGCCAACCCACGAUUCCGCCAAGGCCACGGAAUCUUCCACCCAGAAUGGUGCUAUAGAGGUCACCACCAGUGGAAGCGCAACAGAAUCUGCAUCUAAAACUCAUUUCUUUUCGUUCUGGGCUACUCCGGCCCACCUCCACCACGCUGAACACCGUCGGCCCCACCAAAAACACCAUCCUAAGAACUCCUUUAUGCACAUCACCCGUCCCAUCAUCCUUCCUGCUUUGCUGGGUACUGUAGCCGGGCUGUUGGCCUGUUUGGUUGGAUUUUUCUUUGGAAGCCUGCUGAUGUCCUUGGCCCUACGUCUUGGAUGGCGGGAGGUACUAUGCCACAAAUCACGGAUUAUAUCAAUGGAAGAAGGCGCAGUGUCCGAGAAGGUCCUCAUGAUACCGCAUGAUUUCGCGAGAGACACUUCCGAGUCGAAUGUAUGA